UCGGCGCCUGCGCGAGUUCCGAGUCAGCAGGGUGGGGCUUAGGUGGGCGGGAAGAGAAGAGCUAUGGGGAAAGAUUCGAAUUCCGGAGGAUUUAAAUCGCGGGAGGAGAAGCCAUCGCGGCCCAGUAGGUUACAUAUGAGGAAAAUUUACUAAAACAUUAAGCUAUGCAUAAAAACUCCAAGAGAAACAGUAAUUCAAGAGUUUCUCACACAGAAGUGAACUCUGUGGAUGCUGAGAAGGAAAAAAAUGAGAGUGAAAACAACUUUGUUGAACUGCUGCCUCAAGAACUCACUUUUAAAAUUUUCAGUCAGCUGGACAUUCGGAGUUUAUGCAGGGCUUCAUUGACAUGCAGGAGCUGGAAUUACACCAUAAGAAACAGUGACUCUUUAUGGAAACCUCACUGCAUGACUGUAAGAGCUGUGUGCCGAAGAGAAAUAGAUGAUGAUCUAGAAAGUGGUUAUUCCUGGAGGGUAAUACUGCUGAGGAAUUACCAGAAGAGUAAAGUGAAACACGAAUGGCUAAGUGGCAGAUACAGCAACAUUUGUUCUCCCAUUAGCCUACCAGAAAAAACCAUGUACCCAAUGGAUGCAGAUACAUGGGGGGAAAUUCUAGAAGCAGAACUGGAAAGAUAAGGAGGAAAAAAAAUCACAAAUAAAUCUCAGGUCUUUGAAAAUUUAAAACUCAAAUGAGUCUUAGGUUGCAAAAGCUAUAUCUUUAUCCAUUCAUUUUGUUGUUGUUGACCUUUUUAAAAGAAAGUGAAAUGGAAAUAUUAUAAAAGUAAAGCUUUAUUUUUGUUUUGCACUUUAGUAAAAUUUUUCUGCUUUUAUUGUAAUGUGGAAAAAUCAUGAAAUGUUAUUUUUAUAAGAAAUAAUAUACUGAUACAGUGAUUUCCAAAUAUAAUGUUUCAUGUAUUUGUGUUAAUAUAUUCGUAAUACUAAAUGAAAGAGUGAUUUGUAUGUUCAGCUUAAUGAUAAUUCAAAAUUUCAGGAAGCCACUUGAAACUGACUUAAAGAUUCAUUAAGUGGUGGAUAUAACUAGGCUCAUGGGAAGACUAGCUAAGUGAAAUUAAUAGCAAUACAUUUAAAUUAAUACAUUGGCAUUUUAAUGACUUUAACAUUUCUAUUUCAGUGGAAUCAGAUUGAAAUAUCAAAUAGUGAAACUAUGUUAAAUGUGUUAAGCCUGUGGUUUAGUUUUAAGUUAAUGUCAUCUUAGGGCUAAAGCUUGUCCAAUUGAGAUUCCCAUUACUUUUAUAUAAACCUGGAAUGGCUCUCAGGAGCUGAAAGUAUGUGGAAAGUUUCCAGAACACUUAACUACCAUCAGAAUGCCACACUAGCCUGGUAAAACUCUCUUUCUGACAGCCUUAUAGCACCAUCUAGUGUGCUAUUCUUAGAUACCAAGACAAAGUUUUCUCCAUAUUAAAAACUAUUAUUCUAAAGAAUCCUUAACACUUGUCUUUGUUAAAGUUUAUAACUUUUUAGGAACCUUUAUUUUAAUUUUUUAAAACUUUUGUUUCUGUUUUUUCAUAAAACAGAUGAUAUACUACUCACUAUAACAAAUUGUUUAUUCUGAAUCUGUGGUUACCACCAUAGUAAAAAGUGUCUACAAA